AUGAAUAGGCUGCUUUACUCAGUAUUCAAAAAAACCAAUGUGCGAUCACUAUUAACGAAUCAUUCAUCUCCCUCGAUAAUUCUUGAUCAAUAUUAUUAUUUAGUCAACUAUACCAAAACAAUUUCUACAUGUCGUACAUAUUCAUCACUACCAAAACCACAACGAAAAAAUAUAAUAGAUGACAGGAGGCCAUCGACGCAAUGGGAUGAAAUAAUUGUACAGGACGACAUUAUUAAAGAAACUUCGAAAGUAUCUAAAGUAAAAAACGUUCUCGAUGCUAGCAUCAUUAACGAAAAAGCAAACAAUAGUAUAAUCGAUACAUCAUCAAGUCAUGAUCAACCAUUUUGUGAUCCACCGUUGAAGAAUGACAGCACCAUUAAAGAAAAUCCACAGUAUAUUGCCAUAUUAGAGCCAGAUUUAAAGCCUGGAGAAAAACUAUCGCUUGGGAAACUUCUCGAUUAUUAUACACGUUUAGGGAAAAAAAAUUUGACAAUUCUUGUGGCAUCGACAACUGCUUAUGGCUUUAUUGUUGCUCCAUUACCCAUCAGUAUUCCAUUGUUAGUAUGUGCAACAGUUGGAACAGUUUUGACAUCAGCAUCAGCUAAUACCGUAAAUCAACUGUUAGAAAUACCAUACGAUGCACAAAUGAAACGUACUAAAAACCGUGUACUUGUAUUAGGACAAGUGAGUUAUAAACAUGCAGUGGGUUUUGCUGCUGUCAGCCUUAUUUCUGGAGUGGGUUUACUGACAUUUGGUUGUAACACAUUAACGGGUUUAUUAGGAUUAAUCAAUUUUUUGUUAUAUACGACUGUAUAUACGCCGAUGAAACGAAUACAUAUUGUUAAUACCUGGUUAGGCUCAAUUGUAGGUGCUAUACCACCUGUGAUGGGAUGGGUAGCUUCUACAGGAACAAUUGAUUCUGGUGCAUUAGUAUUGGCUUAUUUACUAUAUGCUUGGCAAUUUCCUCAUUUUAAUUCAUUAAGUUGGAAUAUUCGUACUGAAUACGGUCGUGCUGGUUAUAAAAUGAUGUGUGUAUCACAUGAACGUUUAUGUCUUAUUACAUCAUUACGUUAUUCUAUUAUGAUUACAUUAUGUUGUUCUUUAUUAACACCAUAUAUUGAUAUGACAACAUGGCUAUUUGCAUUUGAUACAUUACCCAUUAAUCUUUAUCUAAUUUAUUUAUCCUAUGACUUUUAUAAGAAACAAGAUAGUCAAUCGUCAAGAAGACUUUUUCGUUAUAGUCUAAUACAUUUACCAUUGCUACUAACGUUAAUGGUUAUUCAUCGAAAAGUGAAAAUGUCCAUUUCCCCACCGUCAUCAUCCAAAGGUACUGCAAUGAAUGAAGAAAACAAGAUAUUACCGAUUAUCGUUAAAAAUCGGAUGUAA